AUGGCUCUCUUAAUUGUCCCUCAAAGAGCCACCAAUAUAAAAUCAGCUAUCGAUGCAACACUUCCAAUGACAUGUACUAUUGAAAGUUCAUAUGUUGUUGAUGGACAUGGGGAAUAUUCUAUUCGGGUUACACGUAUAUUAAAUGAUCCAUCAUCUUCAUGGAUAAUAAGAAAACGUUUUCGAGAAUUUGUUGAUCUUAAUAAUACAUUAAAAGAAUAUGGUUUUAAUUUUGAAUUACCAAAGAAAAAGUUUCUUGGUAAUACUGAUCGAAUAUUUAUGGCUGAAAGACAAAAAGGUCUUCAGACAUAUCUUAAUACACUCGUUCAACAUAUAGAACUUUGUAAUUCCUUAUUAGUUCAUCGUUUUCUUGAUCCAUAUAAUCAUAUUAUUAAUUAUCCUGAAUCAGCAUUGCAAUAUGUAUCAAUGUUUAUUCGUUCGAUGAAUAAUAUAUAUCAAAUAAUUGAACCACUUUUUGAUUUCGGAUGGCGUUAUAAUAAAAGUUAUUUUCUUGCAACAAAAACUGGUUGUUCGAAAAAUGAACGUUAUCUGUUAAUAUGGUGUCAUUAUGGUUUAGAUAAAGCACUUGGAGAAAAGGAAAUUAUGAGUUGUUUAAAAUUACUUAAAUCGAUUUCACAUCCAUUGAUUGUUCGAAUUGAAGAAGUUUAUGCCAAUGAACAUGGUACAUUGACUGUCUGUCCAUUUUAUAAUAAAGGAUCAUUAAAAGAUUAUAUUCAUCGAACAAAACCAGCUAAUGGUGUUUAUUGGAAACGAUAUGGUCCAACAUCAUCAUUAAGACAAUGUGAUUUACAUCAAAUAAAGCUGUUAGGUCGUCAGAUUUUAGAAUCACUCAAUUUUCUCUAUGAAAACAAUCUUGUUUAUGGACAUUUACAUUCAGGAAAUAUUCUAUUUGACUUUGAACAAUCUCAAUCAAUCAAAUUACUUGAUAUAAAUAAUGUUAUAACAGGUGUAUCUUCAAAAUAUCGACCUUAUUAUUCUACUCUUAAACAUAUUCAUACAUUUGAACAAUGUGAUAUAUAUGCAUUUGGACGUUUAUUAUAUGAAUUAUCAACCGGUGAGGAAUGUCCAAUAAGUUUAUAUACAGAAUUUCCGUCAAUAAUUCCAUUUCCUGUUCAAGAAAUUCUUUCAAAAAUCUUUAUAUCACCAGGAAAUUUACCAACAAUACAACAACUUUUAAAUGAACCGUUUUUUCAAGUAACAUUAUCCAAUGGUUUUGAACGAUUUCAAUUAAAAUUAAAUAUCAAAGCAAAAGAAGCAUUUGAACAAAUUAGUCGAGUAGCUCAAGAAAGAUUAGAAAAUGAUCAAAUCAAAAUUAAAUCUGCUCAACGUCAUUUAAAAAUUUCUAAUCAUCUUAUGUCAGACGAAGAAAAACUUCGACGACGUCGAGAAAGACAAGCGAAAGCACUUGAAAAAAAGAUGGAAAAUAGUUUUAGCAGUACAGAUACAUCAAAAAGUCUUCAACAUUCGAUUACUGUUGAUCCAUUACAAAACACCAAAGAAACAAUAAUAUCUAAUAAACCUUUAUCACCAAACAUCAGUGUUGACGCACCCAAUAUUCCCGAAACAUCACCUUCGCCUCAACCAACAGUGAUCAAUGAUAAUCGAACACAAUUGUUAAAUUCAAUUUUAGAUUUUAAUUUAUCAAAAUUGAAACAAACGAAAACCAACGAUCGUAGUGUACCUAAAUUUAAAUAA